AUCACACGGUCGUAAGAAGCCCGAGUCCUACUCCUCUCCCUCCACCUCUCUCUCUCUCUUUCUUUCUCUCUCUCUCUCUCUCUCUCUCACUCCCCCUUCCCGAGGAUUCGUUCGAGACCUCGCCAUUAGCGUCCUCCAUUGUCGUUCUCCUCACCAUCCUCUUCGCCGCGUAGGUAGGAAGCGGAGAUGGGCGACGAGUGUUGCUCGACGCAGCUGAUCGACGGCGACGGCGCCUUCCACGUGGAGGGCCUGGAUGGGUUCAUCAGGGCCGCGGGGCUCGCCGAUUGCGGCCUCUCCUACGCCGUCGUCUCCAUCAUGGGCCCGCAGAGCAGCGGGAAAAGCACCUUACUUAACCAUCUUUUCAAAACCAAAUUUACAGAGAUGGAUGCCUUCAAAGGAAGGAGCCAAACCACCAAAGGAAUCUGGAUGGCCAAGGCUGUUGGCAUUGAGCCCUGCACAAUUGUUAUGGAUCUAGAGGGUACUGAUGGGAGAGAAAGAGGAGAGGAUGAUACAACAUUCGAGAAGCAAAGUUCACUCUUUGCUCUAGCUAUUUCGGACGUUGUUUUAAUUAAUAUGUGGUGUCAUGACAUAGGCCGCGAACAGGCUGCCAAUAAGCCUCUUUUAAAGACAGUCUUUCAGGUCAUGAUGCGUUUGUUCAGCCCACGCAAGACUACUCUGCUAUUUGUUAUUCGUGACAAAACUAAGACUCCUACGGAAUAUUUAGAGCCAGUACUACGGGAAGAUAUUCAAAAGAUAUGGGAUUCAGUUGCUAAGCCCGAAGCCCACAAAGAAACUGCGCUAAGUGAAUUUUUCAAUGUUGAAGUCACAGCUUUGCCCAGUUACGAAGAGAAGGAAGAGCAAUUUGAAGAGCAGGUUGCUCAACUAAGGCAACUAUUUUUCCAUUCAAUUGCUCCGGGAGGCCUUGCUGGUGAUAGAAGAGGUGUUAUACCUGCUUCAGGGUUUUCCUUUAGUGCACAACAGAUUUGGAAAGUUAUACGAGAAAAUAAGGAUCUAGACCUUCCUGCUCACAAGAUUAUGGUUGCUACUGUCCGGUGCGAAGAGAUUGCGAACGAAAAGCUUAGUCAUUUGACAUCCGAUGAGGGUUGGUUGGAACUGGAAACAGCUGUUCAAUCUGGUCCUGUAUCAGAUUUUGGGAGAAAACUGAGCUCUAUCCUUGAUUUUUAUCUAUCAGAGUAUGACAUGGAAGCAAUCUACUUUGAUGAAGGUGUUAGAACAGCAAAGCGGCAACAGUUGGAAUCUAGAGCCUUGAAUUAUGUCCAUUCAGCUUUCCUAGCUAUGUUGGGACAUCUCCGUUCGAAAGCUUUCGACAAAUUCAAAAGUGAUCUGGAACUGUCAUUGAAGAGUGGGAAGGGGUUUGCAGCGUCAACUCGUGAUUGUAUUCAGUCUUCAAUGCUCGAGUUUGAUACAGGAUUAAAAGAUGUGGCGGUUAGGCAUGCAGAUUGGGAUGUUUCAAAAGUUAGGUCCAAACUCCAACGUGAUGUUGAAGCACAUGUUACUUCUGUUCGUAGUGCAAAAUUAGAUGAACUGAAAGCUGCUUAUGAGAAUAAACUAACAGAGGCACUUGCUGAACCUGUGGAGUCACUUCUCGAAGCUGCUGGAUAUGACACUUGGGCAUCUAUUAGGAAACUUUACAGGCGUGAGACAGAAAAUGCCAUUUCAACUUUCUCAACUUCCCUCUCUGGGUUUGAACUCGACCAGGGUACUCAUAAUACGAUGAUCUCUAACUUAAGGGACUAUGCAAGAAGAAUAGUAGAAAAGAAAGCCAGAGAAGAAGCAGGGAAGGUCUUAAUACAUAUGAAGGAUAGGUUUUCUACUGUAUUUAGCUCUGACAAGGAUUCAAUGCCAAGGGUUUGGACAGGGAAGGAAGAUAUUCGGAUGAUCACAAAGGAUGCACGUGCAGCGGCUCUAAAACUUCUAGCUGUAAUGUCGGCCAUGCGUUUGGAUGACAAACAGGAUAAGAUCGAGAGUGCUCUCAAAUCAAGUCUCCUAGAUGGAGGCCCAGUUUCACAGAAUAGGAGUGUUACCUCUUCUUCUACAGAUCCACUUGCUUCGAGCACAUGGGAAGAGGUCUCUCCAAGUAAUACAUUGAUAACGCCGGUCCAAUGUAAGUCAAUUUGGAGGCAAUUUAAAACAGAAACUGAGUACACUGUCACACAAGCAAUCUCUGCACAGGAAGCUCACAGGCGCAAUAAUAAUUGGUUACCUCCCCCAUGGGCGAUUGUUGCAAUUGCUAUCCUCGGUUUCAAUGAAUUUAUGAUGUUUCUUAGGAACCCUUUAUACGUCUUGGGACUCUUUCUUCUCUUUGUAAUUUCCUAUGCUAUAGGGGCACAAUUUGAUAUCGUUGGAGAAUUUCGGCAUGGCUUGCUAUCUGGACUUCUUUCACUCUCAGCAAGAUUUCUUCCUACUGUGAUGAACAUCCUAAGGAAACUAAGCGAUGAGGGUCAAAGGCAACAACAUCAUCCCCCUCAGCCUCCCCAACCACCCCCUCCUAACAUUACUGCCCAAAGUUUCAGAGUACAAUCUCAGAGGCAACCUCCGUCAUCCAACUUGGUUCCUGACUCACUGUCCUCUUCGUCAUCCAUUUCUUCGAACAGUGGUAUUGAGUAUGCGAGCCAACCAACAUGGAACCAGCUCGGAGAGAUUGAUUCUGAAGUAAGUACUUCGUAGACACACUUCCAGUUCUGUAUAGAGAUAAAAAGCCUCCUCCUAUUUAGUGGAGAAAAAGGAACUGAUUUAUUUAUUUUUAUCUUUUUUUUUAAUUUUUUUUAUCAUUGUUAUUAGAAGCUAAAAGUAGAACUAAGAAAAACCUUCCAAGGAAUAGUCAUCUUUAUAAGUGCGUUCCAUUAAUUUUUUAACUCUGUAUUAAAGAAUAGUUGAGAUGUGGAAGUUGCAUAUCAUUCUCGCCUUGUGUGCCAACAAAA